CACAAGAUUCAACACUUUCACAACUAAAAAUUAAUACAAAAAAUAAAAUAAAAUUAUUUAAAAUGUCCACAACAUUUUCACAACUAUUAGAAAAUAAAAACAAAACUUAAUUUUUGUAAUUGUCUACCAAACCCAACCUCUAUUUCUUCACUGCCGAACCUCCAAACUCCCACCACCAACCCUCCUGCGGCGAUUCCUCCGUUAAAGCAUCAUCUCUCUAUCUCCUCCCCACCAAAUCCUCGCAGGCGAAGACGUCGCGAAGCUACGACGUCGAAGAAAAUCGGAUUGAUUCGUGGGCUUCUCGAUUUCCAGUGAUGGAGGAUGUGAAGCAGCUCGUCGAGACACCAGUUCCUCGACAAGAGGACGACUGCGAUUCUGGAACCCUAGAUUGCUGCAGAAACUUCAGCUUGAUGGCGGAUGCGCCUCGGUCGAGUCUGAUUUCAUCUUGUAUAAGGAUCGAAAUCCCUAAUUUGGAAGAGAGAAUGCCAGAGAUGUCGGAUGAAUACCCUGCUUCAGGAUUCACGGCGAUUAUAUAUUUCCUCGAAUCUGAUUCCUCGAAUCUGAAGCUACCUCGAGGGUGUUGUUUGUCUCCAGAACUCGAGUUGAAGAGGAAGGAAUUCGCCGAGGGAGGUGCAACGACGAGUAGGAUUCUCGAUCUAGAAAUUUAGGAGGAGAUGGGGAUUGGGGAUGAUAACGAAAAUCCCUUUGUGAAUUAAGGAGCGCGACGAAAAUAAGAACAGUGACCGCACAAUAACGUCAGAAAUCCAGUCUCUGUUCAAUCUCUACUCAGUGGUUUCGUCGCAAAUCUUGAUCUGACCAUGGAGCCGCUGCUGAAGAAGAGGAGAGAAGAGUGCUCAAUGUCUUCGUCACGUAGAGUGCUCGACCAUCUGUGAUUCCAGACAAGAUUGGAGGCCUUGGAAAGCGAUUGUUACAAUAUGAGGGGGAUCAGAAGAGUGUCGGAGGAGGAGAACCUAGGAAUCACCGCGGGAGGGCUGGGUGGUGGGAGUUUGGAGGUUCGACGAUGAAAGCGGGGAAGGAGAGAAAUAGAGGAGUUGGGUUUGG